CCGCACUCGCGACCACCGUCGCGCGUGUCGCUCGACACUUCCGCCCCGCGCAGUCUCUGCUCCACCCGGCCUGCUGCUGCGGCGGCGCCCCGCGGCGAGUGCAGUCAGCCCGCGGGCCCUGGCGGCCGCCCCGCCGGCGCAUGCCGAGCCCGCGCGCCCAGCAUGCCCCAGUGCUCCCUUGUUUACCUAACCAGUUGAUAACAGCGCCGCCGAUGCUGGCAUGCUAAUUCGGACUGGUCGGGGGCUGGUAGUGCUCGGUCGGGCCGGCGCGAGCUGGCGCCAUGCGGUAGCGCGGCGGCGCUUGCCGAGCGGCGGGCUCUCCUACGCUCUCGGCUAUGUGCCCCCCUUGCGCUACACUGGGUGGUGUUAGCCUAAGAUGGUGUUGGCGUUGGUGGUGGCAGUGUUGUGCUUAUGGGGUCGCCUGAGCGCCGCCAACCCUGAGGCCAAGCGUCUGUACGACGAUCUGCUGUCGAACUACAACCGCCUGAUCAGACCAGUUGGGAACAACUCGGAUAGGCUGACUGUCAAGAUGGGGCUCCGGCUGAGCCAGCUUAUUGAUGUUAAUCUUAAGAAUCAGAUCAUGACAACGAACGUCUGGGUAGAACAGGAGUGGAACGACUACAAGUUGAAGUGGAACCCGGACGACUACGGAGGCGUGGACACGCUGCACGUGCCUUCUGAACACAUCUGGCUGCCGGACAUUGUGCUUUAUAACAAUGCUGACGGCAACUACGAAGUGACAAUCAUGACGAAGGCCAUCCUGCACCACGACGGGAAAGUGGUGUGGAAGCCGCCGGCUAUCUACAAGUCCUUCUGUGAGAUCGAUGUGGAAUACUUCCCGUUUGAUGAGCAGACCUGCUUCAUGAAGUUUGGCUCUUGGAGCUAUGAUGGUUACACGGUGGACCUCAGGCAUCUGAAGCAAACUCCAGACUCGGAUCAGAUAGGGAUGGGCAUCGAUCUGUCCGAGUACUAUAUCUCUGUCGAGUGGGACAUCAUGCGGGUGCCCGCGACCAGAAACGAAAAGUUCUACUCUUGCUGCGAAGAGCCCUACCCAGACAUCAUCUUCAACCUUACCCUCAGAAGAAAGACCCUCUUUUACACGGUCAACCUCAUCAUCCCUUGCGUCGGGAUCUCAUUCCUCUCAGUCCUGGUCUUCUACCUGCCCUCAGACUCUGGAGAAAAGAUCUCACUCUGUAUCUCCAUUCUCCUCUCCUUGACCGUGUUCUUCUUGCUAUUAGCCGAAAUCAUUCCACCGACCUCGCUGACGGUCCCUCUGUUAGGCAAAUAUCUGUUGUUCACAAUGAUGCUAGUCACACUAUCCGUAGUGGUCACGAUCGUGGUGCUAAACGUUAAUUUUAGGUCGCCCGUCACCCACCACAUGGCUCCGUGGGUGCGAAAAGUCUUCAUAGAUUUUUUACCCAAAAUUUUGUGCAUACAGAGGCCGGAGAAGCCCCCCGAUGACGAUGACAAACCCACAGAGAUUCUGACGGACGGGUUUGACGACAUGGAUGGCAAAUACAAGGAGUGGGGCUGUGAAGAGUACGAGCUGGGGCUGCCGCCGUCGCCGCCGCCGCCGCCGGGGGGUGACGCCGAGCUGUUCUCCCCGCCCCCCGAGUCCCCCUGCCGCCUGGAUCUGGAUGACGGCAGCGCCUCGCUAGAGAAACCCUACGUGAGAGAGAUGGAGAAGACGAUAGAGGGAUCCAGGUUUAUAGCGCAACACGUGAAGAAUAAGGAUAAGUUUGAGAGUGUGGAGGACGACUGGAAGUACGUGGCGAUGGUGCUGGACCGCAUCUUCCUCUUCGCCUUCACCAUCGCGUGUGUAGUCGGCACCGCGCUCAUCAUCUUCCGAGCGCCCACCUUCUAUGACAACACCAAACCCAUCGACAUCCUCUACUCCAAGAUCGCUAAGAAGAAGCUCGAGCUGCUCAAGAUGGGGUCCGAGGGCGACCCGGGUCUCUGAAAUUCAACCUACGUCUUCGGCCACUCGCCGCCGAAGACGUUCUGGGAGCUGAUCGUGAUGUGGUGGCACGGGUGAUAGGUGCCAGGUGCCAGGUGCCGCUCCCAGCGGGAACUACAGGCGAGGACUGUGCUCAGUGUAGUGCCAAGUGCCGGACGCUCGCGCCGGACGCGACGAAACCGUCUUUUUGUACGUGUCAGACUGUGCGGGGCGGACCCGACUAACCUCAAAUAUAUUGGCCAUUUUCAGUUGCCGUCGUCUGCUACAACUAUUUUUGUAUUAGAAUCACUGUAUCCGUAACGAUUGUACAACUUUUUGUAUGUUUUCAACGGUUAAUAAGACUCGUUUGUUUUCCAUUGAUUGUUUCAUAUGACGCACAAACAUUGUACAGAUUAAUGGUUAAGGGUUUUACGUUUUGUCGCGGUGAUUGGUUGUCAGAUAUUUGCGAGGUUAUUACUGUAAUUAACACUAAGGUUCACUUCGAAUAAAUCGAGCUCAAUUUCGUAUUAUUAAGUAUUGUAAAGAAAUCUAUUCAUUCUAAUGUCGAUUAGCGAUCAGUUAUAAUAUAACUAGUUGUAUUCGCGCGAUCCGGGCUCAGCGCCCGGAGUAGGCGAGUGUACUCGAUACGAAGAAGUAAUAAACAUUUAGAGUUUGAUUAACUGCGUACUCGCGUGAAAUCAUAAUAUGGACAAUAUCGAUAAUUGACGAAAAAGUCUCACUAUAGUUUACAUUAGAGUAAGUAUUGUAGAUAUAUUCGUUAGGUGUAAAGCCGUCAUACUAUGAAGUACUCUCUUAUCGUAUCGCGUAAUGCCAAAAUAGUUGAUAGACUCACGGCGACACCGCGACGGUGAUAAUAUGAUAUUGUUCUAGAACCUUAAACCACAAUUGACUGCCAAUUGUAACAUAAAUUUUUAUAAACUCGAUAUUCUUAGAUAGUUCGAUAAACUUGUUUUAUUAGAAUUUUUAAAGGGAGUGCCAAAGCUAACAACAAUUAUCUAAAUUAUCAACAAUAGUAUUGUUGUGAUUCUUUUCUAUACAAUUGUAAUAACAUUGAGGAAUAUGUUUGAAUUUGCUUGGGAGAUAUGAAACACUGUGCGGUGCCAUUUAUAAAACGAAUGCUUGCUAUAACAAACAAACGUAAUGACUGAAUGAACUACAUUUAGAGUUUAAAGUCCUUUGAACGCUGAAUCCUGCUAAGGCGCGAUUACUCUUCCAUAAAUUAAUCUGUAAUUUCAAUUAAGAUCCUAGAGUACAGGGUAAAUUUAGUACACAAGUUUCUUCUCCUGAUUUGUAUUCUCACCUUUGUCACCAGGUAGUAAGGUCUACUCACUUAUGGCACGUUACCACUCGAACACUCUUAGAUAAUAAUUAUUGUUGGGGAUUGUGACAUUAGUUGGUAAUUAUCUAGAAAACCUAAUAUUAUUUGUACCUCUAGCCUAGAUUCAAGAUUAGUCGGUUUAUUUCCACUACUCGUAAGUGUUAACCUACUCGUGUUUCUCAUUACAUGAUAGUUGCCGUAGUAGCGCCCUCUAGUGGGCGCGUCUGAACACCAUCACUUACCUCACUCGACCCAUAUGUAGGGUAAUGUAGCGAACUAUCUUAUAACCUAAUUUAAAAAUAAAAUAUUUCGAGCCGCGUAUUUGAUAUGUCAAAGUAAAUCAUAAUGAUGUUUAAUUAGAUAAAAAUAACUUAGAUAACUGAAAGUUAUUGAUAAAUGAAUUACCACUUGAGAUCAGUUAGGAAAACAGGGACGGUACUAGUAAAUUUUAAUAAAAUUCCAGUUGUUUUGUGUGGUUUGUCUUCAUAUUUGUAAGUGUUACUGAAUGUGUAUUAGCUGUUUGUGUGAGAUGCAUACAAUGGCUAGUCUAGUUUAGAGAAUACGUGAACGUAGUUUGUUGUUCGAUGGACAACUAAGUACACUGUGGCUAGGCCGUAGCACGCUCGCUAAAGGUUGACAAAAACAUUAAUUACUAAUAAAUUCCGUCAUACGACAGCUCACGUUAUGUUGUAGCAAGCGGCAAAUUCAAGUAGAGGAUUUCGUUCAAAUUGCGAUGGAAUUUUGGGAGGAAUUGUUCGUUUAGAACUAAUUUUCUUAAUACUUAUUGUAAACACAUUUCUCACGUCGGAUUAUAUUGAAGUAGGCAAGUGCUAUUGCACCACCGAAACACACCAAAUAGUAUAUUGUCAAAAUAAUUGAUAAGUUAAGUCCACAAGCUAUCUACACGAUUCCGUAAUGAGUCUUUUUACUGUAGAUAUUGGCUAGAAAAUAAACGGUCUGUUGUUAUUUUUAUAUGACUGCAAAAUAAUAAUAGAUAGAUUUUCUAAACACCAUAGGCUAUGGUUUUCUUGUGGUAUUAAGUAAAUGGAUUGGGAAAGUGUUUUGUAUAUAUUGGUGUAUUGAUAUUGAGGCCACUAUCCAGAGGUUUAUCUGUACGAUGAUUUGGCUCGUUCACAUCUGCGUAACGUUAUUUAUAAGUGAAGUAUAGGAGUCCGUGUUUACGUGUAAGUUAGUUGAAAACCGGAUGAGCUGAGCAUAUACAACGAUUUAUAACCCUUAAAGGUUUGUGGUGUGUAUGACAUUGUAUGCUGUUUAAUAUUUGAGCCUAUAUAAUAUUCGUGACACAUCACAGUAUGAUUUUUUCUCACGAUAUUAUUAACCAGGGGUACUCCAGCUCAUAAAUAUAACGAAUCGCUUUAAAAUUAAUAUAGAGCGUAGCUUACUCAAUUCCAAUAGUAAUGUUAGGCCCUAACACCUGGCCAGAACAACUAUAUUAUAUUCGUUAUAGUAUAUGGCUUGUAUGAUAACUUGUCGGCUAUAAAUUAAGAACGAGAAACUGCCAACAAAGCUUUGAUUGGUUAGUUCUAGUGACGUCAUCACAAGGCUAUGAUUUCAUAGCAACAACAAAAUAAUUAGGCCUCUAAUAUUUAUAAAACCGUAUAAUUGGAGUAUCCCCCCUACCAGUAUGUGUUGCAGACUAGGCUUCUUUUUAAUUCCGAUCAAUGCCUUUCCAUAAUUGAGUUCUGUGAUUCGAAUUAUAAUUAUGUUGUAGGUCUAAAAGACGAUUCCCAGUCUAAACAUUUCUGUUACCAAUCCGUUGUGUUUGAACCUAAACUCUAUAAAAUGUUAGCACUAUGUAUGGAUUGCAGACUAAAUAGUCUGAUUAUGUUUCGGGUGAUAAACGGGUAAGCAAAAGUAGUGAAUUUGCCUCAAGUAUGGCGGUAGAUAGGAAAACAAAUAAAUUAACGUAUAAUUUCAAGAAGCUAGUAAGCACGUCGUCAAUAAAUAAAUAAGGUAAAUGGGUAUUUUUAAGUGGUAUAAAAUUAGCUUCUCAGUGUUUUUAGAGUUAGUCGACGAAUGGGUCUGCCCGAUGGCUUGGUCAUAGACAAAUAAUUGUUCUUUUUUAAAUUAAAAAAUAACGAUAAUGAAAAUAAAAUUCAAGAAAACCCUAAAAACAAAAUGUCAUCGAAGAUUAUGUAGAAAUAUUCUAGAACAAAUCCUAUCCUAAAACAAACUAGUCAUAAAUUGUCGCUAUCGGCGCAAACGUUACGUAACGACAGACAAAGACUUAAAAAUACUACAGUACUGUAAAAAAAGUUGACAUCUGAAAGCAUACUAUACACAGAUUACAUCAAAACGGUACUUUUGCGCUGAAAGCCUCAAGUAUAGAAACCAAAAAAACUUAACCCCUCGACUGUAGCGUGCGUCUUAGAAACGCUUUGUCAAAAGUAUUUAUAAUAAAAAGGUAUAAUUUGUUUGGUUUUCUGUAAAGAACAGUGUUUUUGUCUAGCCCGGGUCCUGGGGACAGCAACUCAUAGUCAGCUAUCACAUGGCUGUCAGUAACUUUAAGAAAUCAACUAACCGAAAUGUUGACUUGUACAUAUAGCCGAUCAACAUAGUAAUAAAAUAAUAAUUAUAUAACUGACAAUUUAUUUUUCUACGUUCCUUUCACAAUAACCUUUAGUGCUAACGUAGUAAGGUAGUGAAUUGGAUGUCGUAGAAUCUCAUUGGCUUCUCUCGGUCUGGUUUUUUUGGAGACACAUAAAAAAAGAAACAAGAUAACACACUGUCUGUAGUCUGAUUUACUUUGAUCCUUUGUUAAUGGCCAUUUAUUGUUUGUUGUUUUAUAAAGAUAAGUCGUGUAGGAUUAAAGUUUAAAAAUAUGUUUGAUUUGGAAAUGAAGUCAGUAAUGAAAUCCAUAUGACGCUUUAUAAUUAGGUUCAACGGAUUCCGAAUGAGAAUUUCGUAUUUGUAAUUUCUUCUUUGACACAUUUUGCUUUGUAUCCUUUUUAACACUUUACUAGCUUUCGAAUUUUAAUAAAUAUAUUAUCUACCGUUUUGAGCGUAACUUAUGAUGUCUACUUAAGCCUCAUCUUUCAUAAUAAAGGAGUUUGUUACCGGUUGAAUCUAUGGUAUCUAACAACUGCCAUAUAUUUCGCCACAAAUAAAUUUGCACUACUUCAUCACCAAAUUAUAAAACAAAUAUAUAAUUUUUCAUGUGUAAUUAAUGUGAAAAAUGAUAUUUUGACAUUAACACUCAUGAUUUUGGCGAUAAAUUUCUUACAGAAUCACUUAA